AUGCCGGGUGCGCUGCCGCUACUCCACGGACAAAUCAGUCUCUCUGCGGCUCUAGACGACGAUGACAAUGUCCUCCAAGAGCUAUCAUAUCCACAACGGCGCUUUGAUUUCUAUACAUGCCGUGUCGAAGAAGUCAAAGACUGGAUCUCCGGAAGCUUCAAUGUGUGCAUCCCAGUUGUCAUUGAUGGGCAGGAUGGUAGAACAUCCAAAAGGGUCCUCGUGAGGUUUCCUCUGCCUUAUAAACUUCGCUGCGAGGCUGCAACUUAUAUAUGGACUCGGCAGAACUGUCCUUCUAUACCCAUACCGCAAUUGUGGGGCUUCGCAUUUGCACAAGGCCCAUGUUUCACCGCGAUUCAGCACACCUCCAUCGUCAGCCGCCUAAAAUGGUACCUUCACCGUGUGCUAUCGCCUCUUAUCGGGUAUCCAAUCCGACCACCUUACUCAAGUGGAAACUGCCCUUACAGCCUGAAAACGGGUUAUUUACUUUUGGACCACGUCGGAAGCUCUGAUGCCGUGAUGCUUUCUGAGUCUUGGGAUAGGUUACGCCACGACCGCAAACGCAGAGCCAACCUUUUCCGCGGGUUGAGUCAGAUUAUACUAUCAUUAGCCCAGUUUCCUUUCGACCGAAUAGGAUCUCUGACAAUCGAUAACCAAGGGAUUGUAAAGCUCACCAAUCGCCCUUUAACACUUCGUCUUCAUCAUCUAGAAAACGAGUCCGUCCCCACAAACAUGGACAGAGACCUCGUGUAUUCAACAAGCGAUAGUUACUAUAUGGACUUGCUGUCCUAUCAUGACAGUCGGUUACGCCAUGUCCCAAAUUCGAUACGAGACAAGGCCGACGGUGAAGCGCAGCUGUCAACUCUGACCAUAAUGCGAGCUCUGCUGCCAUAUUUCUCCUGUCGCAAACAUCGACGUGGGCCGUUUAUCAUGACCUUGACGGAUCUACACCAAAGUAACCUCUUUGUCGACAGCGACUGGAACAUCAAGUCACUCGUUGACCUAGAGUGGACAUGCUCACGACCAGUUGAGAUGCUCCAUCCGCCCUAUUGGCUCACAAGUCGCGGAGUGGACCAGUUAUACGAAGGAGAACAUCUUGAUGCUUUCAGUGAGAUUCAUGCCGAAUUCAUGGAAGUCUUCGACCAGGAAGAACAGACUCGCUCUCAAGCGGGAAAGAAGUAUUUGGGUCUCGCGAGUAUCAUGAGACGAGGCUGGGCAAUUGGAAGUUUAUACAAUAUCUUCCUAGAUCACAUACAACCAAGAUACUCGAAACUGGAUGAUGCUGGGAUGGUGGAGUUUGAACGGACUGUGUCGCCAUAUUGGACCCCGGACAUACAAUCUUUCCUUGACGGCAAGCUGAAAGAGAAAGAGAUAUAUGAAGGUCAUCUUCGUGAUGCCUUUUCAGUCGCCCAAGAAGCACCAUCUAACCCAGAGUCACCUUCUGCAAAUUAG